AUGUCUCGGGAACGGUCUCCGUCUGAAUGCCGUGGCGAGGCCAAGGGAACCACGCAGCAUUACAACCACGUCAACGCAAGCCAAAGUCACCAAGGCUGGCUUAACCUGCAAAAGGUUGAUCAGCUGUUCGGCUGUUCGGCUGGUUGGCUGUUCGUCGAGACUGUUCCAGCGGGACUAGGGUUUCGGCACACCACCUCGAAGCGCCUACUCUGUCCCACGUCGACGGAGGCGAGCAUUCGCCCUGGCAACUCGAGGUUCGAGAAAGCCAAGUACACCGAGGGCAGAGCAAUUCAAGCCCGCCUCCGUACCACAGACACACUUUCAACCAGAGAUUCGUUCAAAGCAAGCCGAUUUUUACUUUUCCCCUCACUUCGUCAGCAUCUCCAAGACAAGCAGACACAGACAGACUCUGUAGAGUAG